AUGCACCCUCCAACGUUUAAGGGAGGAGCCGAUCCGAUAGUAGCGAAGAACUGGGUGCAAAAGAUCGAGAAGAUAUUGGAAAGAUACUUCCCGGCUUCCACUCGUGACGCGAAGGCUGAUGAAUUCUCGAGCCUGACUCAGGGAACUCUAACAGUGCAAAGAUAUGCUGCCCGAUAUAUUGAACUAUCUCGUUUCGAGCCGUACUUAGUCUUGAACGAAUAUGAGAAGGCUUGGAGGUUCGAGAAGGGUUUGAGGAAGGACAUCUGCGAGCUUGUAGGGAUGCUGCAGAUCCGAGAGUUUUCUGUUCUAGUGGAUGAAGCCACCAUAGUUGAGACUGACCUCCAGGGGGAUGAGGUGAUACAGGAACAGAGGAAGAGGUCAGUAUCUUCUAGUUCUCAAACUAGUCCUCGACAGGGAUAG